AUGUCAAGAACUAUUGUCAAAGGGCUUCCGAAGUAUCUGGAUGAAGAAAAUCUAAAGAAACACUUCUUCAAGCGUUUGAAGCAAAUUCACCCAAAUGAAGAUGUAUCAGAGUUCAUCACGGACGUCAAAAUCAUGAAGAAUAGGGCCGGCGAGUCACGUAGGUUUGCUUUUGUUGGGUACCGUCACGAAGCAGACGCGUUUGACGCUGUGCAGUACUUCGACGGGUCAUUCAUCGACACUUCAAAGAUCGAGAUUACAAUGGCCAAGAGUUUUGCUGAUCCUAGAGUACCACAGCCGAUGCGAGAAAAAAGGCGAGAAGCUUUGAAAAGAGUGCGCGAGCAUGAAGAUCAGCUCAUUGAAGAACAAAACAGCAAGAAACAGACGAAACCACAAGCCCGUUCUGGAGCCACAGCGAACAUCGAUGCAGAAAUUCAUAGAAACAAACAGUUGCAAGAGUUCAUGGAUACGAUGAAGCCCAGCUCCCAGGUUGCUUCCUGGGAUAAUCUGGGGGGCGCAGCGGCGUCCAAUGAAGCACAGCAGAAUCAGCAAGAAGUCGGGUCUGGGGCCCCUCAAGGAAACUCCCUGCUGGCUCAGGCUCUAGCUCUGAAGUCAGAAGAUGUGAAUGAUGCAGAUGACGCAGGAUUUUGGGAUAAGCAGAAACCCUCUUCAAUCUCUAAAAACGAAAGUGACGAUGAAUACGUUGAUCUCGGCAACACCGGAGCCGACCAGAAUGAGGAGACUGAGGAAUCUGAACAGAUGAUGAAGUUAGACGACUUAAAAGAAGCCCCAGACUCUACCUUUGCCCAAGAUCAGGAAGUUUCGGACCUCGACUGGCUCAAGCAACGCCGUAUCAGGAUCAAAGAACGUACGGAAGAAGACAAUACCGAUCUUCGACGCACACCGGAGCAUCAAGAAAGCGAACCCGCAGUUUCGGAGGCCCCGGAAAUAGAACAACAAGAAGAGCCCGUGGAUGACACAACGGAAGAAGAGAAAAUUAUUGGAAAAAUCAAGAGAACCGGUCGUUUGUUUCUGCGAAACAUUCUCUACACAGCCAAAGAAUCAGAGUUCAGAGAACUUUUCUCUCCAUUUGGCGAGUUGGAAGAAGUGCAUGUUGCGUUGGAUACAAGAACUGGUAAGUCUAAAGGGUUUGCCUACGUGAAGUUUCAAAACCCAGAUGAUGCCGUCACAGCAUAUGUUGAACUAGAUAAAAAUAUCUUCCAGGGACGACUUCUGCAUAUUCUGCCAGCAGAUGAGAAAAAGUCUCAUAGGUUGGACGAGUUCGAUCUCAAGAAUCUUCCUCUGAAAAAACAAAGAGCCCUUAAACGUAAAGCCAAUGCCUCUCAAGAUGCUUUCUCGUGGAACUCACUUUUCAUGAGCCAGGAUGCUGUAUUGAGCAGUGUCGCGUCUAAGCUAGGAGUUCAAAAAUCGGAACUCAUUGACGCAACAGAAUCUGGUGCUGCUGUCAAACAAGCACUCGCCGAAGCGCAUGUCAUUGGCGAUGUUAGAAAAUACUUUGAGUCCAAGGGUAUGGAUCUUGCUAACUUCGCACAGUUCAAGUCACCAGCAGAUCGUGAUGAUAGAAUACUCUUAGUGAAGAAUUUCCCAUUUGGUACCACCAAGGCUGAAUUGGCCGACUUAUUCCUACCGUUUGGCAAACUUGAAAGACUUCUGAUGCCACCGGCCCAAACGAUUGCUGUUGUGCAGUACAGAGACGCCACUGCUGCUAGAAGCGCAUUUGGCAAGCUAUCGUUCAAGCGGUUCAAGGAUGGAAUUUUGUACUUGGAAAAGGGUCCAAAGAACUGCUUCAACAGAAAACCAGUUGGCGAUGAGAUAGUAGACGAAGCUGAUGUAGACCAAGAUGCCAAUGCUAAGGAAGCAAAGGCCACUGCAGAAGAUGUGAUGAAUGUCGGUACUAAGGCCGCAGUUGAAGAAGACGCGGCCGAUGACGUGUUCGAUGGUCCCACAGUCUCUAUUUUUGUCAAGAACUUGAACUUCUCUACCACUAGCGCUCAAUUGACAGAGAAAUUCAACACCUUUGGUGGUUUUAUUCUUGCUCAAGUGAAAACUAAGCCUGAUACCAGAAAUAGCGGAAAAACACUAUCCAUGGGGUUUGGCUUUGUCGAGUUCAAGACAAAAGAACAAGCUAUAGCUGUUAUCAACGCCUUAGAUGGAUCGGUUUUGGAUGGCCACAGGAUUCAGUUGAAGCUAUCUCAUCGCCAAGGUACCGCCGCAUCCGGAGCAACGAAGUCGAAGAAGAAGGCAAGUGGUAAGAUUAUUGUUAAAAACUUGCCAUUCGAAGCUGAGCGUAAGCAGAUUUUCGAGCUGUUCAGCUCUUUUGGCCAACUAAAGUCGGUCAGAGUGCCCAAGAAAUUCGACAAGUCUGCAAGAGGUUUUGCCUUUGUUGAGUUCCUUUUGCCUAAAGAAGCUGAGAAUGCAAUGGAGCAAUUGCAAGGUGUGCAUUUGUUGGGACGCCGUCUAGUUAUGCAACCUGCUGAAGAAGAACCACAGGACGCAGAGGAGCAAAUAGCGAGAAUGACCAGAAAGGUGAAGUCGCAAGUCAUGACGCAGGAAAAUGCUGCGCUGAGAAAUGGUGGCCGCAGAAAAUUGGAUCUGGGCGAAGACGAAGAGGAUGCCAACGACGGGUUGAACGGAGUGUAA